CGCCAUAUUCUUGUCACCUCUGAACGACACUGUAGGCUACCUUUUGUGCACCUAGAAAGACUUCCGCCACAUUGCAUAUCGGACAUCUGUUUGCGAAAGUAACUGUUAGCUAGUUAUAGAAAGGUGGGAUAGAUAUACUUGCCAUUUGUUUACACUUUCCUCGAGUAUUCGAGCAGUGGGGUAUAGCCAUGUUGCGACUCCUAAGACACCAGGCUAGAGGGACGAGGAGCUGCCUCUGUGGCCAGAGGCGCUAUGAGCAUCACAAGCGCGUCAUGGCCAUCCGGCGUGAGGACAUCAACGUGUGGGAGAGACGGGCGCCCCUGGCUCCGCGCCACGUUAAAGAGAUCGUCCAUGCUGGCCACAAGGUCCUCGUCCAGCCUUCCAACCGAAGAGCCAUCCACGAGAAUUAUUAUGAGAAAGCGGGGGCCAUCAUUUCCGAGGACAUUUCCGAGGCCUCGUUGAUCAUUGGCGUCAAGAGUCCUCCGGAGGAGAAACUUUACCCCAGAAAGACCUAUGCCUUCUUCUCUCACACCAUCAAAGCACAGGAAGCUAACAUGGGUCUACUGGAUGACCUGCUCAAAAAGGAAGUGCGUCUCAUCGACUAUGAGAAGAUGGUCGACGCCAAUGGCUUCCGUAUCGUGGCAUUCGGACAGUGGGCUGGCGUUGCAGGAAUGAUCAAUAUAUUGCAUGGUUUGGGACUUCGUUUUCUGGCGUUGGGACACCACACUCCUUUUAUGCACAUCGGUAUGGCCCAUAACUACAGGAAUGUCAGCCAGGCCAUCCAGGCAGUGAGGGAUUGUGGGUACGAGAUCUCCAUGGGCCUCAUGCCCAAGUCCAUCGGCCCAGUGACUUUUGUCUUCACCGGAACAGGCAAUGUCUCCAAGGGUGCACAAGAUAUCAUCAAUGAGCUUCCUGUAGAAUACGUGGAGCCUCAUGAGCUGAAAGAUGUGUCUCAAACUGGAGACAUGUCCCGAGUGUACGCCACCGUUCUGAGUCGUCACCACCAUCUGAUGAGGAAGAGUGAUGGUGUUUAUGACCCCCUGGAGUACGAGUAUCACCCGGAACUGUACACAUCGCACUUUAGAACCAGUGUGGCGCCCUACACCACGUGCCUGAUCAACGGCAUCUACUGGGACCCCCAGACACCGCGGCUCCUCAGGCGGCUGGACGCCCAGAGGCUCCUGACGCACGUCAAGCCCUCCGCCGCCGCUACGGAGGGAUGGCCAGAGCUACCACACAAGCUCCUGGCGAUCUGUGACAUAUCUGCCGACAUGGGCGGCUCUAUUGAGUUCAUGACUGAGUGCACCUCCAUCGAUAAGCCCUUCUGUAUGUACGAUGCGGACCAGCACAUAGACCACGACAGCGUGGAGGGCACAGGUAUCCUCAUGUGCUCUAUUGAUAACCUUCCUGCCCAGCUCCCCAUUGAAGCCACUGAGUAUUUCGGAGACCGCCUCUUUCCCUACAUUUGGGAGAUGCUGCCCUCCGAUGCCACCAGGCCUCUUGAAGAAGAGGACUUCUCACCUCAAGUUAGGGAUGCUGUGAUAACGUCAGAAGGAAAGCUUACCCCAAAGUUUGAAUACAUUGAAGACCUUCGUGAACGAAGUGAGCAAGCCAAGAUCAUGAAGAGGAGUGGAAUGAAGCGAGUGCUACUACUGGGUUCUGGUUAUGUGUCGGGCCCUGUCAUUGAGUACCUCACCCGGGACCCAGGGACUCAAAUCACUGUUGCAUCAGUGUUGUUGACCCAGGCAGAGGAGCUGGCAGGGAAAUACCCCAACACGAUCCCUGUCAUGCUGGAUGUCACCAGUCAGGAGGGCCAUCUGGAGUCCCUGGUCAAAGACCAUGACCUAGUCAUUAGUAUGCUGCCGUACGGGUAUCAUCCUGUGAUCGCCAAACACUGCAUCAACAAGAAGGUAAACAUGGUGACAGCCAGCUACCUGAGUCCAGCCAUGAAGGACCUCCAACAGAGUGCUGAGGAAGCUGGCAUCACCAUAGUGAAUGAGAUGGGCCUGGACCCUGGCAUCGACCACAUGCUGGCUAUGGAGUGCAUCGACCAAGCCAAGGCGGACGGCUGCACUAUUGAGUCAUACAGUUCAUUCUGUGGUGGACUCCCUGCACCAGAAUGCUCAGACAAUCCUCUGCGCUACAAAUUCAGCUGGAGUCCAUAUGGAGUCCUCCUCAAUACCAUCAGCCCUGCCAUCUUCCUCAAGGACAACGAGGUGGUGAGCAUCCCAGCGGGCGGCACUCUGAUGGAAUCCACGGCUCCCAUGGACUUCUUGCCCGGCUUCAACCUGGAGGGCUUCCCCAACCGCGACAGCACCAAAUACUCAGAACAGUACGGCAUCGAGUCAGCCCACACACUCAUCAGAGGAACACUCCGCUUCAAGGGUUUCUCCGAGGCCAUGAGUGGCUUUGUGAAGCUGGGUCUGAUCAACACUGACCCCUGCCCCAUGCUGAAGCACACCUCCGCUCCUGUCUCCUGGAAAGAGCUGCUGUGUAACCAGAUUGGCCUGCACCCCUCCACCUCGGACAAGGCCUUCGAGGGAGCUGUUUACGACCGCAUCGGCCAAGACCCCUUCAAAAUGGAAACACUCAAAUGGUUUGGGAUGCUGAGUAAGGAGGCUGUUCCCCAUGCAGAGACUGUGCUGGCAUCACUGGCUAAGCACUUAGAGGCCAGGCUCUCCUUUGAUGAAGGCGAGCGGGACAUGAUUAUCAUGAGGAACGACGUGGGCCUGCGUCACUCUACAGGGGAGCUGGAGACCAAGCACAUCAGCCUGGUGGUCUACGGAGACCCCAACGGCUACUCUGCCAUGGCCAAGACCGUGGGUUAUCCUGCAGCCAUCGCUGCUCGCAUGGUGCUGGACGGAGAAAUCCGUACGAAGGGACUGGUGGUGCCAAUGACUAAGGACAUCUAUGGACCGGCACUGAAGAGACUGCAGGAGGAGGGCCUCAAGUUCACCUCGAAAAGCACCAUCCAAGAGUAGUAACUCAUGAGUCAUCGGCAGUGUCCCAAUAGUGUUUGUUUCCUUUCCUGGCAUCCUCCUCCAUCUGCACUGAUUCCCAAAAAAGACCCCACAUUUUUUUAUUCUUCAUUUCAAUUCUUUCAGAACAGUGCAGAUAAAGGGAAGGAGAUGAAGAAAGGAAGCUAUUUUAGUCGUAACGCAACACCAUGUGAUAUACAGCCAAUCAGUGGCUGGGUACCAGGCCACAGAGAAACGGGAUGCAUCUCAAUAGUCUCAAGUUACUUUCUUCGUUUGUCUCCUGUCCUUCAUCUGUGCUGAUCUGAGAAGGCAGGGUGGGGGAAGGCAAUAUGGUAGAAAUCCUCAAGAGGACAGGAUAUGAGGGGAAGCAAGUUGUGGCUAUUGAGAUGCACCCUGAAUUCUGGAUGCUUUUGAAACAAGCAAUCUACUUUGUCAAAUAGUCUACUUUGUUAAAUAGUUGUAUGUGAACAGUCUUUUUUAAUUAAGGCCGUACCAUUCUUUACCUGGAGAACCACAACUCGUUAUAACAUAACGAUCCUAUAAUCUGCACAGACCUGCACAGACCUUCUAAGCUAAAGCGUCUCGUCUGUCCAUGACCGUAACGUAUGCUUUUCCUGAUGUUGGUCAGCUGCUGCACAGUUAUGCUGAUCUUUACAUAUUGAUUUGGUUAUCUGCUCAUUGUAGAUGACACUCAGACAAUCAAGGUGCUAGAAAUAUCAGGAGUGAACGUGUACAGUACCUGCUUAAAAAAAGACCAGUGAAUAAGUUUUUGAGUGAACAGCACUAAUAUAAUACCGUAGCCUGGACAGCUUGCUCAUAAGAACAAGUAGUUGUAGGAACUCACCAAGAGCCUCUGAAUUAAAAAAAAAACUGUUUGACUUUUUUACUCAGUGACCUGCAUCACCGGUCAACCAUAGCUCAUACCUACCAUGUCUCAUUUUCGGGCAAUAGUUUUAAAUCAAUCUACUGUAUUUGUGUACAACUAAUUCUAAGUAGUGUGCAGAUAUAUUUUAAGAACAAAAAAGAUUUAUGUUGAAUCCUAUUUAAAGAUCCCAAACACUAUUUGUUCAGUAAAAUAUCCAAGUGUAUUUAUUUUCUGGAUUGGAUAUAAAUGGUCUCCAGUGCUGCAACCUAUUGUUUCUGCGUAAUUACAUGGUUGAAAUGUAAGAUUGGGAUGCCUAUUUGUUAUCAAUGCCUAUUUAAGCAAAUAGAUUAUAUUGACCAAUAUAAUCUAUCAUUCUAUUGAAACAGAUAUACAAGUACACAUAUAGUCAGUGGCCAGUUUUAGGUACACCUAUCUUUAAAAAAAAGUUUUUUAACCAGGUAGGCCAGUUGAGAACAAGUUCUCAUUUACAGCUGUGACCUGCCCAAGAUAAAGCAAAGCAGUGCGACAGAAACAAGAGUUACACAUAAAAUCAAGUACAGUCAAUAACACUAUACAGUGGGGCAAAAAAGUAUUUGUCAGCCACCAAUUGUGCAAGUUCUCCCACUUAAAAAGAUGAGAGGCCUGUAAUUUUCAUCAUAGGUACACUUCAACUAUGACAGACAAAAUGAGAAAAAAAAUCCAGAAAAUCACAUUGUAGGAUUUUUAAUGAAUUUUUUGCAAGUUAUGGUGGAAAAUAAGUAUUUGGUCAAUAACAAAAGUUUAUCUCAAUACUUUGUUGGCAAUGACAGAGGUCAAACGUUUUCUCUAAGUCUUCACAAGGUUUUCACACACUUGCUGGUAUUUUGGCCCAUUCCUCCAUGCAGAUCUCCUCUAGAGCAGUGACGUUUCGAGGCUGUUGCUGGGCAACACGGACUUUCAACUCCCUCCAAAUAUAUUCUAUGGGGUUGAGAUCUGGAGACUGGCUAGGCCACUACAGGACCUUGAAAUGCUUCUUACGAAGCCACUCCUUCGUUGCCCGGGCGGUGUGCUUGGGAUCAUUGUCAUGCUGAAAGACCCAGCCACGUUUAAUCUUCAAUGCCCUUGCUGAUGGAAGGAGGUUUUCACUCAAAAUCUCACGAUACAUGGCCCCAUUCAUUCUUUCCUUUACACGGAUCAGUCGUCCUGGUCCCUUUGCAGAAAAACAGCCCCAAAGCAUGAUGUUUCCACCCCCAUGCUUCACAGUAGGUAUGGUGUUCUCUGGAUGCAACUCAGCAUUCUUUGUCCUCCAAACACGACGAGUUGAGUUUUUACCAAAAAGUUCUAUUUUGGUUUCAACUGACCAUAUGACAUUCUCCCAAUCUUCUUCUGGAUCAUCCAAAUGCUCUCUAGCAAACUUCAGACGGGCCUGGACAUGUACUGGCUUAAGCAGGGGGACACGUCUGGCACUGCCACCAAUUGGGCAAGUUCUCCCACUUUUAUAUAUAGAAAAAUCAAUGUACAGUGUGUGGGAAUGUAGGGAGGUAAGGCAAUAGGCCAUAGAGGGGAAAUAAUUACAAUAUAGUACUGGGUCAGACCCAGUUUUGCCUCCAGAACAAGCAGAAUAUUUCGGGGAAUGGAUUCUACAAGGUGUGGUGGUCAGACGCUCAAUUGGUAUCAAGGGACCUAACGUGUGCCAGGAAAACAUUACCCACACCAGUACACCGCCACCAGCCUCUACUGUUGACACCAGGCUGGAAGGGGGCCAUGGACCCAUACUGCUUACACUAAAUCCAGACUCUGCCAUCAGUGUGACUCCUCAAUUGACCAAUGUUGGUGAUUGGUCGUCUGCAGCAAUACCUAUCUGUGACAAGGACUGACGAGUUGUGCGUUCCGAGAUGCCGUUCUGCACACCACUGUUAUUUGCUAGUUUGUGUUGCUCGCUUGUUUGCUUGCAUGAUCUUUGCCAUUCUCUUUUGACCUCUCACCAACGAGCUGUUUUUGCCUACAGGACUGCAUGUUUUUUUGUUUGUCACACCAUUCUGUCCGAGCUGACAAGGUACAAAUCUGUCGUUCUGCCCCUGAACAGGCAGUUACCCCACUGUUCCCAGGCCGUCAUUGAAAAUAAGAAUGUGUUCUUAACUGACUUGCCUGGUUAAAUAAAGGUCAAAUAAAAAAAUAAAAAAAAUAAUAAAAAAAUUAUCUGUAAAAACCCUAGACACUGUUGCGUGAAAAGCCCAGGAGGCCGGCUGUUUCUGAGAUACUGGAACCAGCGCGCCUGGCACCGGCGACCAUACUAUGCUCAAAGUUGCUUAGGUCACUUGUUUUGCUCAUUCUAACAUUCAAUCGAACAUUAACUGACUGCCUCAAUGCCUGUCUGCCUGCUUUAUAGCGCGUCACGUGGCCGUGGUUUGCUAUGUCUGUAGAAAUGUAAAACAUUUGUGAACAGGGUGGUGUACCAAAAACUGUCCACUGAGUUUAUAUCUGCUCGCAGAACAUAUUGGGGUUUUCUUGUAAGAUUAAACCCUUAGCAGUUGUUCCACCGUUUUGUUUAUUUCAUAGAAAAAUAAAAGGAAAAGUGAUGUGUGGAA